AUGGCAACUCCAGCUUCUACUUUACCUGUAUCAUUUACAAAUGAUGAUGUUAAAGCAAAUGUCUGUUCAAAAGCUCAAUCAUCUGUAAAUGCUUUAGCUGUACUUGCUAAAUCCAUCUUAAAAAAUUCCCAUAGUAGUGAUCAUUUAACAACAACAUUAAAACAAUUUGCAAAUAGUGAGGACCAAAUUAAAUCGACACAAGGUCAUAUUGAUAGAAUUGAAUUUAUACACGAACAAUUACUCUUUCACUCUAAUAAAAUUCUAUCAGAUACUCAAGAACUUAUUGAAAUUCAUCAAACUUUUUCGAACAUGAAACUUGAAAAAAAUUUUUAA